AUGGCCCCCAUCGCUGUCCAAGAGCCUGCACCCGCGCAGUCACCAACAGUCUCCUCGCCACCAGCACCCACACACCCCGGUACAAUCCAAGUCAACCGCUCCGCCAAAGCCUUCGGCAGCAGCGCCUCCUCGCUCGUCGACCUCCCCGCCGGUGCCGUGCUCGCCAGAAUCACCACCGCAACCCCCUCCCGCAAGGCUUACACCUCCGUGCAGACGGGCCGCGACUCGCACAUUGAGCUGAACUCCGACCUGGUGUUCUGCAACCACUCGUGUGAUCCGUCAUUGAAUUUCGAUAUGCAUAAGAUGGAGGUGCGGGUGGUGGACGACCGGCCGCUGCGGGUUGGGGAUGCAUUAACAUUCUUCUAUCCCAGCUCGGAGUGGGAGAUGGAUCAGUCGUUUAACUGUAACUGUGGUGCUGGGGAGAAGUGCAAGGGGUGGAUUUCGGGAGCGAAGACGAUGUCAAGGGAGGAGUUGGAGGGAUACUGGCUCAACCCGCAUAUUGAGGAGCUGUUGCAGGAGAGGGACGCGCAGAAGUGA